AUGGCCUUGCGUACGCGCGCGGGCAGUAAUUCCUGGAGGAGUUUGUCCUUGAUGAGCACAGAUAGCGAAGAGCGAUUCUACGGUGAGCAGGAUGAACAGGACUUCGCCUCAGACGUCUACGUCCUGGCGGAGAGCUCCACCGACGAGCUCCUCAAUUCGUGGAAGGUUUUCACUGCUCUGAAGGAUGAGAGUUAUCAGGGCAGGCGCCUUGAAAACGCAGCCUGGCGACUUCAUGCAAUGCAGAAGCAAGGCAAGAGCCCCAGCCUGCAAGCAGCCGCACGCGUUGGAGCCUUCAUGGCCAAUGGCCUAACGAUCUCAGAGCAGGUUGAGGAUGCCCAUUUUAACCGCCAGACGGCCAUCCAGCCAUGGAAGAGCAAGGUGGGCCAGGAUGCCGCUGCUGCAGGCAAGGAGUUGCAGCCGAUCAUGGAGGAAGCCUGGAGUGCGGAGCAGCUGCUCGGUGUGUUCCUGAAGCAUAGGCUGAGCAACAAUGCUAUGGACGAGGUCUUGCAGGUACUUCAUGGCGGCAAGUUCAGUCCAGCAGAUGUUCCCAUCACCUCCGAAGAGUUGCGGAGCCUUCCGCACGGCAGCCGUCCAGUCUGCGCCAUCUUCACUCACAGCCUGGAGAGGAACGGCGCCAACAACUUCUGCCUUUACAUUGCCCGCGUGCUGAAGCACAGCCAGCCGCUCACAAUUUUUUCUCCAAAGGCAGGCCCCAUGAAGGAGGACUUUGAGAGCUUAGGCCUGGAGGUCACCAUCGUAGACACGACAUCUCCCACUUUCCUAAAAGACCUGGGCAGCGCGCUGCUGAAACGCAAUGUUGGCAUGCUCUUGGCCAACACGAUCAUGCGCUGUGACAUCAUCCUGAUGGCAUCGGACCUCGGUCUGCCCAGUGUAUGGGUCAUCCAUGAGUCCUGGCCGCAGGACCAGCUGGACCACUACGCCAAAGAGGUCUUCAUGUGCAAGGACAUUGACUCCGCCAUCAUCAAGAAGGCCUUUGCUGCCGCUGGGACCAUUGUCUUCCCGUCCGACAUGCAGCGCCACCUGUAUGAUGGUCUCUUCAGGCCGGAGGCGGGCAUCACAAUCUACAACGGCAUCCCCCUGCAGCAGCUGGACCACUUCAAGCAGACUCAGGAUCGGCGCGAGGUGCGAGCAGCAUUGGGCUACAACGAUGAAGACUUUGUAGUUCUGCAUCUGGGCACAGUCUGCAGCCGAAAGGGGCAGAUGUUCUCCGCCACUGCCUGCUCCAGGCUCAUCAAGGAGGACGGAUGCAAGAACCUGAAGCAGCUCAUUGUCGGCGCGCGAUACAUCAGGGACCACGAGAUCAAGUACAUUGAUCAGAUCUUUGAGGUAGCAGCUGCCCACGGCGUGUCCUGCCGACGCUGGGAGGAUUUGACUGAGGCAGAGCGUGGGCAGCCCGAAAUCACUGUCAUGGACAUCCAAGCGGCCGUGCUGCGCUUCUACAUGGCUGCUGAUGUGGUCUUGAUACCUUCUCUGAACGAGGUCCUCCCACUGGUGAUUUGUGAGUCCAUGGCCUUUGAGCGCCCUGUGGUUUGCAGCCGGAUCGAUGCAAUCCCCGAAGCAGUCACAGACGGAAUUGAGGGCUUUCUGGUGCCGCCAGGCAAUCCCGAUGCCAUUCGAGAGGCCGUGUUGAAACUGUACAGAGAUCCGGCACUUCGCGAGAGGAUGGGUGCGGCAGGAAGGGCACGGGUGCUGAAGCAGUUCAGCUACAACCGAAUGGGCGAGCAUUAUCGGGAGUUGCUGGACACAGUGACCACGCAGCCAACCGGUCCCAAGGCACCUCCAUCCUCUCAGGUGCUCAAAGGCCGCACCGUGCUGGUUGACAUGGACAACACUAUUGUAGAUUGGGAUGGUGAGUUCAUUCGCCGCUACUCUGCCGCAUCGGGCCGCGACAUUCAUGAAGUGGAGAAGAUUGUCCGCAAUCGGGCAAAGUUCGAGAUUGAGGAGAACUUUGACGAGUCUGAGCGCAACAAGGUCUUGGAGACGGUGGCAUCGCCAGGCUUCUAUGAAUCCCUCGAGCCCAUGCUGGGUGCCGUGGAAGCCUUGCAGACGAUGGUGGCCGAGGGUGUGGAUGUGAAGCUCGUCACGGCUCCGCACCCUACCUGUGCGGGGACCUGUGCUUUGGAGAAGUACAUCUCGGUUGAGCGUCUGUUUGGAGCUGCCUUCCAGGAGCGGUUGAUCAUCACCCGAGACAAGACAAACGUUCAGGGAGACCUGUUGGUGGAUGACAAGCCCCGCAUCACGGGAAGCAAGCAGCAACCGUGGAAGCACGUGCUCUUCAGCCAGUCCUACAACAAGGACAUCGAGGGCAAGGCAAGGCUUUCAUCCUGGUCGUCAUGGCGAAAUGUGCUUUCCGCAGCCGUGUGA